CUUUGACGCGCGCCGACUUUCACAGUGCCGAUGCGUUAUUAAGAAACUAUUUGUCAGCGACUGACUUGCAUUUUUGGCUUUCAGGGUGAUAAGAAGCCCGGCGCCUAUAGUCUCAUGUCUGACCGUGAGCGGAGCUAUAUUAACCUCCACCUGCUCUUCCCCGUUUCGUUUCCCCUCGGUUUCUGCAGGAGCCUAACUUUCACAGCAAGGAAACUUCUCCCACACUUUGUUGCUUUGGCACAAGCCGGGACAUUGUGUCCGCACCUCAGCAGCUACAGGGAGCCAACACGUUUAUUUCCUUCACUUAAAGGGGGGAAGAUAUUGACAGAUACAAGAGCUGUAGUAAGGAAAGGAGUCAAAAGUUUUCGCUUCGCAGGGAAUAAUAUUAGUUAAUCGUUCAUCUGGAGCCGCUGGAAGACAGUUUGUGAAAGAGGGCAAAAGUUUCCCCGCACCAUGAGAGAAGCGCUGGUUUUCCACAUGUGGAUCAUUUUAUUGGUAGCGGCUUUAAGCAGACUCGGGAAGGCUCAUGUCGCCAACGCCAAAGUGUUGAGGGGCAACAGCAGAAGAGACGACUUGUACCACAAGGACGAAAACAUCUCGGUGACGCCAGCGGGAGGUGUCAUCUUCAGCCCAAACUACCCCAAAGCUUAUCCCCGCAACCUGUGUCUGUCAUGGAAACUGCUGUCCCCUCCUGGGACCCUCAUCCACCUUGAGUUUGAUGAACAGUUCAACCUGGAGGAGCCUGUGAAUGGAAAGUGCAGUUAUGACUUUGUUGAGGUGGAGGAAAUAUCCCAGACCAGCACUAUAAAGUGGGGUCGUUGGUGUGGACCAAGGGCACCCUCAAGUUUGACCUCUAAAUCUAACACCCUCAGAAUCACCUUCAAGUCGGACGAUUACUUUGUUGCAAAGCCGGGAUUCAAAAUCAACUACUCCCUGCUGGGUGACACCAACACUGAUUGGGAGGCUGUCACUGAACUCAUGUCGGAUGUGGGUGCAAACAAGAUGCCAGCCACAGAGGUUCCUCAGACACUGGAGGACUUGGACAGAACCAUAGCUACCUUUGACACUAUAGAACAGCUCCUUAAAUCUUUGAGCCCAGAUACUUGGAGACAAGACCUGGAAAGCAUCUACACUCAAACUUACAUAUAUUACAGAUCCAAGUCCUAUUACCUGGCAAACAGACAGAAUAAAGUCGAUCUGAAUCGUCUCCAUGACGAAGUCAAGCGAUACAGCUGUACACCUCGCAACUACUCUGUGAACCUGCGAGAGGAGCUGAAGAUCACCAACGCUGUCUUCUUCCCUCGAUGCCUGCUGGUGAAACGCUGCGGUGGCAACUGUGGCUGUGGAACCAACAACUGGAACACGGGCUGUACCUGUCAGCCCUCCAAAACCACAACAAAACUACAUGAGGUGCUGAAGUACGCCCCGGAGACCACUCCAUACAAACCCCAGGAGAGGCAGCGGGUGCGCUGGGUAAUUGACGAAAUUUUCCUCUCGCAUCAUGAAACGUGCGAGUGUGCGUGUCCCCUGCAGCCCCCUCGCUGAGACCCUGAUUCAGGCUCUUGCGUCUAGAACUGAUGGAUGAUUUCCUUUCCCCGUUUCGCGACGGACUCCAUAUACCAAACAGCACCGCUGACAAACACGCAGCAGAGAAGAGGCCAACGACUUGACUGAUGCACUGCAGCUCGUAUUGUACAAAAGGACAUUUGCUUCAGAAAGUAAAUCCCUUUCUCUGAGUGCAGAUCACCGUUUUCCAUAUAAAUGCACAGAAUCUUCUUAUCAAACAUGUCAUGUUUGUUUAAACCUUCUCUGUUCCUGCUACUUCUUAACGCAAUGUACCGGGUCUGUAGUGUACAAUUGAGUAUUAACACCCUUCAAACUUUGUCACAUUUUGUCAUGUUAGAACCAUGAACUUUAAUGCAUUUUGGGAGAUUUUGUGAUGGAUCAAGACAGAUUUUGUGUAACUGUUAAGUGAAAGAAAAGGGAUACUUGGAUUUCAACUUUUUUUGCACUUAAAAUCUCAAAAUCUGUGAUGUGGAGUGUUAUAUUUAUCUCACGGCUUAAGUAUCUCCUUCUAAAUGUUUGCUGUGUCCAACACACUGACUGGGUAAACUGCAAUUGGGGCAUCUUAUGACUGUGGCCUAUAUAGGAGCAUGAUAAGAAGAGAGCCAUUGUUAUAACAGACUUGAAAAUUGACCUAAUCAUCGCCAUGUUAAGAGAUUAUUCCACCCAAACUGUGGACCUAAUCUUGUGUUAAACAUUUUACCACAUCUUCAUCCUUAAUCUCUUUUGCAGUGUUGCCCUGCCUUUAUAAUAUUCACAAAUAUUCUCUAACGAACCCCUAAGGCUUUCAUCAGCAUCUACAUUUAAAGUGAGAUUCAAUUAUAUACAGGUGGACUCUAUUUACUAAUUUGGAGUCUUUUGAAGGAAAAUGUAUUUUAUUUAGGGGUACGACAUUAAAAAGGGAUGAACUUAGGCAUGCCAUAGUUCAUUUUUUUCUUUGCUUCCCUUCCUCCUACCGACUUUGCAGGACUCUGUGUUGGUGUAUUUCAUAAUAUCGCACAAAACUGCCUUGAAAUUUGUGGUUCUGACAAGACAAAAUAUGUAAAAGACCAAAUGGUGUGAAUACUUUUGCCUAAGUCAAAUCACUCUUCUUUCUUUAAAACUAAACAGCAAAGACCUCAUUUGAGAGAAAUAAAACAAAUUGUGCCGAACGUUA